CUUUGAAUCAUACAAACUGAAACAUAGUUUGGAACAGAGAAGAGACAAUUGAGUUUUUAUUUUUGAAGAAGUCAUGGAGAUGUCGGGAAGUUUGACUUGCGUUGUCGUGGCGGUAGAUGGAAGCGAGGUGAGCAUGGAAGCUCUGAGGUGGGCACUGGACAACCUCAAGCUCUCAUCGUCUUCUCCCGAUUCAUCAUUCGUCGUCCUCCAUGUCCAGCCUUCGCCUUCUGUCGCCGCAGGCGUUAGCCCCGGAACCAUCCCUUUCGGUGGUCCCAGUGGUCUAGAGGUUCCUGCUUUCACCUCUGCGAUCGAACAGCACCAUAAACGGAUCACAGACACCAUCAUGGAUCACGCUCGUCUGAUUUUUGCAGAUAUAUCGGUGAAUGUGAAAACGCAAGUGGUGGUUGGUGAUCCAAAGUAUAAGAUAUGCGAGACUGUUGAGAGUUUGCACGCAGAUCUGCUUGUCAUCGGCUCUCGGGCUCAUGGCCGCAUUAAGAGGAUGUUUUUGGGAAGUGUAAGCAACUACUGCACCAACCAUGUGCACUGCCCUGUUGUGGUUAUUAAACCUAAAGGGGAUUCUUCCGAAUAACCAGGUAGAACUUA